UCAAAACUAUGGUUGAUUGAGCAAGUAUAUAAAGAGAAGCCCGGGCUAUUUUUGCAGCCAGUUACAAUGAGUCCUGCUUCAAUAGAACCUGAUUUAUAUUGUAUUGGGGUGGAAAACGGAUAUGGACAGAUUAGGGGAUUUAUCAGGUUGGAUAAUGGAUAGCAAAAGGGGAAAAGAUGAUGCUGAAACUGAGUUACAAACAAAAAUUGCAUCCCUUAUACUAGACCAGCACUUAGAACAACUAGGUUACAGUGAAGAUGACAUUAAGCAACGCAUCUUUUCCUGGUAUAAGUCAACUGUAGCUCGUACUUUAUCAGCACGAAGAAUUCAGAAUCGUGAUGAUAUCGACAGAAUUUUUAUUGGAAGUCAAAGAGAAGGCAUUGGAAUGGAAAUCAUCAAUGACCUUGACAUUCUGCAAAUUUACAAAUUUAUUAAAUGUGUGGAGACAAAAGAUCUGGAUUAUAAUACUUGUGACAUUAUUUUUGUUGUCGAUGAAAAAAUGGCACCCCCUGGGCACACUUUUCUAUGGCUUCUAUGUAAAGGCAGCAAUAAAGAGAACUUCAGAUUGCUAAAACAUGCCUUGGUAAACAGGAAGAACAGAAAGUACCUAUCUGCGCACAAAUACAUGAGUAGAAAUGAUGACAUGUUUUUCACAAGCGAAGGAAUCAUAGCCAAAAGAACAAAGUAUCUUGGAAGAAAAGGACCAUCUUUAAUUAAAAUUUCAGAGCCAAUAAGUGAAUUUGUACGAUAUUUCAGGAAACUCUGGAAUGUCACAGACCAAACAAUGGACUAUGUGCGAGGGUUUCCGUACCAAGCAACAAAACAAAUAUUGGUCUGGAAAUGCAGAACACGAAAUUAUGACUGGCCACCAACACCUUUGGUCAAUAUAGUUUCGACCAUGACUGCAGUAGUGGUUCCCACUGGACAGAAAGGAACCAAAUGGAGGGAAUUACAAUGGCGUAUCUGUUUUCCUGCUGGAGAAUUGGCCCUUUUUGACUCUAUGAAUAUCAUGCACAAGAAGGUCUAUGUUGUUCUUAAAACUGUAGGUAAGCUUCUUUUGCGACCGCUAAAUCAACAGAUAACGUCAUAUGUGAUGAAAAAUGUUUUGUUCUGGGAAGCAGAAAAAAGGCAUAUCACAGAUUACACAGAAACAGAUUUAGUUCCACGCAUACAAGACGCUCUGAGAUAUCUUCAAAAAUGCAUUUCUGAGGAUUUUAUGCCUUAUUACAUGAUUCCUGAAAGAAACCUGAUCCCAUGUAAAAUACAUGUAGACGUUAAAGAGAAAAUUACCAAUGUGAUUGACUAUUUAAUAGCAAAUGGCUAUUUAAUCAUACUCGAUCAAACUCAUAUUAGCAACCAGAACAAAAACAGAAUACUACUAGAGGUCAUUUCGCAAGUACAACUUGCAAAUGAAGCAACAAGGGCGAUGACAUUUUUGACAAGUAAAAUGUGCAUGAAAGAAUAUGAGGAUUACAUGGUUGAAAUGUUUUUUAAGGAAACUAACGACAGUUAUGCUCAGCAAUUUAUGCAUGUUUUUAUCCAGAGCAUACCAAACAUCGUUAAAUAUACACUAGAAAGACUGACAGGCAUCCAUAGAGGGUUACCAAAAGACAUCUUGCUAAUGACACAACCACUAGCAAAACUUAAUAUAGUAUCAUGCGAGUUUCCACCACACUAUUUCUUGGCUGGCAGUGCAGAAAUUAAAUGCAAGGAUACCGAUGAAAGUGCUACAUCAAGAGACAACGAAAAUGAAAAAUCAGGAAAUGAGUAUAAGUCAAUCAAUGAUAUGAAUGAGAAAAUAUCUCCAUCUUUAGAAACAAGCGUUAAUUGUCCAGCAGACAAAAGGGAUGAAUGUAGCCAAGAUUCUGUAAAGGACUCAACAGUUUUGGAACAUCAAAUUUCAAACAAAAAGCCAAAAAAAGGCAAUGCCAAAAAAGGAACAAAAGCUUUAAGUGAUGCAACUGAUGCACCAAUACCUGUGCCAAAACAAACCAAGCUUUUAACUAAACAAUUGAACAGCAAGAAUGAACAAACUGAGAUGGAAAAUAAAACAUCUUUUUCAAGUGAGACAAUGCUUACGAAGGAACAGCAACAACACAAUCAUAUACCGGUACUUAACAAAAGAAAACAAACACCAAAAAUAUAUCAAGCAAAUAUGAAAAAAACAAAAACUUCAAAAGGAAAGAAGAACAGAAGAAGUAAAUCUAUGCAAAAUAAGAAAGAACAGGUAAAAACAGCUGAUCCGACCUCAAAGGAACCAACUAUGUCCACAGAGCCUGAGACAAAUAGAGCACAGGAAAAACACCAAGUGAGUGGAAACAUAUGCGUGUACCCCAACAAAAGGGAAAGGACUACAGGUAUAUGGUCAAGUGAAGGUCAUCUAGACGAAUCUGAUGCUAAACUUUUAGACAGAAACAAUACAGGAAAACUUAAUCCCUGCCGGAAGGAAAGAACAGUAAAUAAAAAAAUAAAAAAUCCAACUGAUCCGUACAACAAUUUGAUUGCUGCAGUAGUCACAUUACUUGACAUUCUUUUACUGUUACGAAUAUUUAAUUCAGAUUUCUUUGAGAUUCUUUUAAUUUUGAGCAAUAACUUUAAAUAUGUUAAAGAGUUCUUAAAAUAUUUGUUGUUUGCCCUAAUUUCAGUGUCUUCAUUUAAUUUCUUAGCCUUUUUUUACAAAUGUUUAAACGAAAUUAAACACCACACACAAGAAAGAGCAAUAAGCACAAGACGAACAAAAACGUGGAAGAAGCUUCAACAGCUUUGUAAAAAUGUUUAAUUAAAUAUAGAGAUUUCACCUUGUAGAGCCAAUAUUAGUGACUAUAUGCCUAAACAUUCAAUGCGUCAAUGGUUUUAUACUAAGUAAAAACCUGUUCAAGGUAUUGAAAGUUUGCAAUGACAAUUAAUAUAACAUAAUUUUUAUGGAAAGUAUACAGGCUUAGGCACUAUGUUCGGAGUAUAAUCGCUAUUUUUGGCAAACAAAAGUUGUUCAACUGAUUUUGAAGAAUAUGAUCAAUAUUGGGAAACAAUUGGCAGUAGCAAUUUGGAAGUAGUCAUUACUAUCACGUUUACUUAAAAAUCUGAAAUAACAUUCUUAUGUUCAUGUAAUAUACAUUAUCAUACAAUUCAUGUAAACAUUAUUGUAUCUACAUACAUUAAUAUAAUUUAUUGAUACCACCUCUAUGGCUUUUUAUGCGUUAUGCCAUUGAUGUUUGAGAUAUGACUAAUUAAUUUCUGAAUAAAAAUUAA